ACUUGACGUCCAGCGGACUCUUGCUUUGCCAGCAGCAGUCAGUCACACACGGACUCAAGUCAUCUCUGAACCGCAGAGAUUCUCGUUCAGUCGCUUCGUGUAUUUACAGCCACCUCUGCGAAAAACGACUAGACAGAAUGGGCACGAACUGCUCCUCUGGAAUCACAGCCGUUUGGAGAUAAGAGGGCGGAAACGCGAGUAAAACAGAGACAGAGGAGAAAGGAAAAACAGACGAGGAGCGCGAGAAGGCCGAACCUAUCGAGGGAGCGCGAGAGCAGCCUAGUUUCUCACGCGACAGGCGCGCGGCGCUCAAGUGGAUUUGCGGCUCAAACCGACGAGGACAAAAACACGGCCGUAGCACACCGUACAUGUGGAUUACUCGCGGAAAUUUCCUCAUUUUUUUCUCCUCACAAACUACAUAAACGACCGGUAGCGAUAGACCUUUACCUUCCGCGGAGAGGUCGGUGACUGCCAGGACUCAAUGCCCCAUGAUGCACAGCGUUUGUGACAAGACCAUUCCCACUUUCAGUCUAUAGAGGAAGUUGCAUCGUCAGCAUGUCCUCGCACCCUCAGCCAGUGCCUCAGGGUCGGAGGGCUGUGGACGCUCGUCACCUUCCCAGUCCCGCCACCCUUCCUCUGCAGCUGAGAGCCCAUGCGGAUGUUGGUGGACUGGUGGACUACCAUCCUCACGCUCGGGACUACGCUUCCCAUCUGCCACAUGGAUCACUGGCCCAGCCUCACCGCCGCAGACCGUCUCUUCUGUCUGAAUUUCAACCAGGCAGCGAAAGAGGUCAAGAGCCCCACAUCCGAUAUGAACACAUUUACCUACAGGACCCCAGCAGCCAAUCAGAAGUGGAGUACUCGGAGAUGAAGCGUCCACGCUUGGAAAUCGGGGCGGAUUCUCUUAUUCGUCAUUCAACUCAUCGUCAACCCCUCACUGUGGGUGGAGCAGAGGAAAUGGCUAAGGAGCACAGCAGCAGCAGCAGUUCCAUUGGAAAGAUUGAGCCCAUCUCUCCCGUGAGUCCAGUGCCCAUGGAGCCCGACCUGGACCUCGUUCCCUCUCGCCUCUCCAAAGAGGAGCUAAUCCAGAACAUGGACCGUGUAGAUCGGGAGAUCACCAUGGUGGAGCAGCAGAUCUGUAAACUGCGUAAAAAACAGCAACAGCUGGAGGAAGAAGCUGCGAAACCCCAGGAGCCAGAGCGCACCAUCUCGCCUCCACCCAGUGAAGCCAAACACCGCAGCCUUGUCCAGAUCAUCUAUGAUGAAAACAGGAAAAAGGCUGAGGAGGCUCAUCGGAUCCUGGAGGGACUCGGACCCCGAGUAGAGCUGCCUUUGUACAACCAGCCGUCUGAUACCAAGCAGUACCAUGAGAACAUCAAGAUAAAUCAGGCAAUGAGGAAGAAGCUCAUUCUGUAUUUCAAAAGAAGAAAUCAUGCUCGCAAACAGUGGGAACAGAAAUUCUGCCAGCGCUAUGACCAGCUAAUGGAGGCCUGGGAGAAGAAAGUUGAGCGCAUCGAGAAUAACCCACGCCGCAGAGCCAAAGAGAGCAAAGUGCGGGAGUAUUACGAAAAACAGUUUCCUGAGAUCCGUAAACAGAGGGAGCUGCAGGAGCGCAUGCAGAAUAGAGUGGCUCAGCGAGGUGGGGGCUUGGCCUCAGCAGCCCGCAGUGAACAUGAGGUUUCUGAGAUCAUUGAUGGAAUCUCAGAACAAGAGAACUCAGAGAAGCAGAUGCGUCAGUUAGCUGUGAUUCCUCCCAUGCUGUUUGAUGCCGAGCAGCAGAGGAUAAAGUUCAUCAACAUGAACGGGCUGAUGGACGAUCCAAUGAAGGUCUACAAAGACAGACAGGUCAUGAACAUGUGGAGCGAACAGGAGAAGGACACUUUCCGUGAGAAGUUUAUCCAGCACCCAAAAAACUUUGGCCUGAUAGCCUCCUUUCUGGAGAGAAAGACGGUGGCUGAGUGUGUCCUGUUUUACUACCUGACUAAGAAGAAUGAGAACUACAAGAACAUUGUUCGCAGGAGCUACCGUCGCCGAGGCAGGAGCCAGAAUAACCAACAGGCACAGCAACAGGUGAACCGUAACAACCAGGAGGAGAAAGACGAAAAGGAGAAAGAGAAGGAGGGAGACCGUGAGGAGGACAAAACAGAGGGAGAUGAAAAGGAGGACGGCAUGAAAGAUGACACCUCUGGUGAGGACGGGGAGGAGAAAGAGCCUCCCGUAACCGCUAAAGGCCGGCGCACCGCGAACAGCCGCGGACACCGGAAAGGACGGGUCACUCGCUCAAUGACCAACGAGCAGGAAGAGAACACUUCGCCGCUAAGCAGUGAGCUGGCAAACCUGGAGAUGAAUGAAAGCUCUCGCUGGACUGAAGAGGAGAUGGAGACAGCAAAGAAAGGUCUGCUCCAGUAUGGCAGAAAUUGGUCCGCUAUCGCCAAGAUGGUGGGCUCCAAAACAGUCUCCCAGUGCAAGAACUUCUACUUUAACUACAAGAAGAGACAGAAACUGGAUGAGAUUCUGCAACAGCAUAAAAUAAAAUCGGAGAAAGAGCGUAAAGCCAGGCGUAAAGGUAAAGCUCUUCAGAACGAGGAGGCCAGCGCUCCAUCUGCUGCAGAGGAAGAGGAGAUGGAGGGAUCGGGAGUCAGCGGCAACGAGGAGGAGGCUCAGGAGGACGGAGAGGGUGGAGCCAAUAACAGCUCAGACACCGAGAGCCUCCCUUCCCCACGCUCCUCAGAUGACAGCAAGGUCAAAGAAGAGGGCUCGGCACGGCCCAAAACUGCACCCAACGCCACUUCCUCCUCAUCCUCCUCGGACAAGGACAUGGCAGCUAUGGAGACUGGGCCGGAUGAAAAGCCAAAAGUGGAGAGAGGAGAAGGCGAGCCGGCAGGAGUAAAGCAGGAGGUAAAGACCGAACCAAUGGAGUGUGGUAAGGAGGCAGCAGGAGAAGAUAAGAAACCUCCUGCCCUGGAGGUGGAGGACUGCAAGAAAGAGGUCAAGAAGAAAGAGCACGGAGGAAAGAGCGGAGCUCAAGACAGCGACUCCAGCGCCACAUGCAGUGCCGACGAGGUGGAGGAGACUGAAAGCUCCGACAAGAACAGGCCGAGUUUGUUGAGUUUCGCCCAUGAUGGAGUGAUCUCUUCUCCAGUUCAGAAACCGCUGGACCUCAAACAGCUCAAGCAGAGAGCAGCCGCUAUACCUCCCAUAAUGCCAGAGGUGUCGGUAGCAGGACGUGAUAACCGACCCGGUUUGCUGGGGAAGCAGCAAGUUAUGCCCCACGCUCUUGCACUGUACCAGCAGCAGAUUACCAUGGCACAUGAAUCUUCCCAAGAGGCCAAACAGCAACAACAACAGCCAACCAAAUCUCAGCAUAACACAGGGGGCGGAGAAUCCAGCAGCCCACGGGUCAGGACUCGCAGCCCUGGUGUCUCUGACAGAGACAGAGAAGAGCUGGAGGGGAACGAGAGAUGGCUUCAGGCUCUGCUACAUGGAUUACAUAAAUCUCGGGCGUUCUCUCCUCUUGCGGAUGGUAAAAAGAUUCCCGGGGCUGAUGACAUGCGGGCUGUAGGUCUAGGCCGGCCAGUGAUGUCACCGUACCAGCUCUCUCCCAGAGACAUGGCCAAACUCAGCCAUGAACAGCUGCUACACUACAAUCCCUCAUUGGCUCCAAAUCUACAGCCACAGGAAAGAAUGGCUGCAGUGCGGCCUCUCCAUAUCCCAGAACCCCCUCCUCUCAUCUCCUCUGCCAAACCUGGUGGUUCCAUCACGCAGGGUACUCCAGUGCAGUUGCACAACCCAUCUCAUGGCUCCGACCAUGGAAAAAUCCCAGCACCAGGAUCCCUGGCUCUCUCCUGGAUGGACCAGAGGAAAAUGGGAGGGUUUCCAGUGGUUAAACAGGAGCAGUUGUCUCCACGCGGGGCCGCCUCCUCUCAGGCUGAGAAUCUCUCGUCACAAGACGGCGCUACGUCAAGGGGCCCCAUGCCAGCUGUUCAGGGUGGCAGCAUCACGAAAGGCAUCCCUGGCACACGUGUGCACCAAGAACCUUCCAUAUCUUAUCGAGGAGGUUCUAUCACUCAGGGCACUCCUGCAGAUGUCUUGUAUAAGGGCACAAUAACCCGUCUGAUCACUGAGGACAGCCCCAGCAGAGAGAGAGGCAGAGAAGACACUCCUACUAAGGGACACGUAGUCUACGAAGGCAUCAGUGGACACAUCCUUUCCUUUGACCGGGGUCCAAAUUCCAAGGAAGAGGGUCGUGGGGACAUGGCUGGGCUGAAGAGGACCUAUGACAUGAUGGAGGUUGGCAUGUCUCGUGUGCCACCCAUCAGAGACUCACUAUCUGCUGCUGAAGGCUUGAUCAGUCGAGCAAUGCCUCACGAGCGUGAUAGUCCUCAUCUACACCACAUCCGUGGAUCCAUAUCCCAAGGAAUCCCACGGGAUGACUGUCAGCGCCGGGAGGUUAAACAGAUGAAAAGAGAGGGUUCCCCAUCACCCCGUGGCCCUGGUCAUCCCACCGACGCUCUUAAAUCGCGCGCUCAUGAUAGUAUGGUGACCACCGUCAAAGAAGGAGGCCGCUCCAUUCACCUUAUCCCUCCGGAGGGGGUCGUGAUAGGCAAGCCUAAGGAGGGCUCAAUCACACAGAUGUGUUUUCUACAGGGCACUCCUAUGAAACAAGAGCCUGCUGGCUCAUCCAAGCGUCACGAUGUGCGGUCCAUCAUCGCCAGCUCUCCUCGCCCUUACUCUGGACUGCCCUCUCAUCUAGAGCUCAGGCCUGAGCACAGAGGCUCCGACAGGGCCCGCUAUGAGGAGGCGGGGGGCAAAUCCCGACCCAGCGCUGUGGUCAGCACGGCCAGCUCUUUGUCUCGUACUUCUCCAUUGGCACUGAGUGGAGAGCAGAGCAGCAGAUCUCACCACAGUCCAGUGGGCUAUGAAGAUCACAAGAGAUCCAGCUACCCUCCGCCCUCACACAGAGCCUCUCCACUGUCGGGCAGAGAAUCCUCACAGCGUGCACAUGAAGGCUCUAGCAAGGCCCAGCAGCAGGAGAGAAAAGCCACUCCCACUCCUCGAGAGGUGAGCUCCACUAAGUCUCCACUGGCAGUUGAGCACACUGCAUCUUUGGCCUACGAGAGGAUCAUGCAGGGACUGGGAACUGAUAUGUACCGUGGCCAGAUACCUCUAACAUUUGACCCUGCAAGUCUGCCCAGGGGAAUCCCCAUUGAACCAGCGUAUUACCUGCCCCGUCACCUGGCCCCUGCCCCUGGGUACCCUCACCCCUACCCACCCUACCUGAUCAGAGGUUUCCCUGAAACAGCAGCCCUGGAGAACAGACAAACGCUCUUCAACGACUACAUUACCUCCCAGCAGAUGCAUCAGUGGCCAGCCGCUGCUGCCAUGGCUGCUCAAAGACCUGAUUUGCUCAGAGGCCUCACACCUCGAGAGCAGUCCCUUAACUUAGCCUACUCACCCACACCCAGAGGAACAUCUGCAUCUCCCAUGGAUCGUAUCACAUACAUCCCAGGAACCUCUCCAGCUUUUCCUAGCGGAGCCUACAACACCUCUCCUAUCUCACCAGUGGGAGCCUCUCACAUGAGCAAGAUCCAAGGCAGUUCAACGUCCUCAGAGAGAGAAAGAGAAAGAGAAAGAGAACGAGAACGAGAACGGGAGAGGGAGAGGGAGAGGGAGAGAGAGAGAGAAAGAGAGCGAGAAAGAGAGAGGGAUCGUGAGAGAGAGCGAGAGCGAGAACGAGACCGAGAUCGAGAGAGGGACAGGGAGCGAGACCGGGAAAGAGAGCGUGAGAAAGAUCGGGACAGGGACAGAGAAAGAGACAAGUCCCUCGGUCAUGGUAACGUGGAACAUGCCCCUAUAUGGAGACCAGGAGCACCAGAACAGAUGGGUGGUGGCAGCAGCAGCAGUUCUCGUCCCCCGUCUCAUCCAUACAGUCACCAGUCGUCCCCGCUCUCCCCUCGUCCCCAGGACAACCUGCAGCAGAGACCCAGCGUUCUGCACAACACCAGCUCGAAGAGCCUCCCCAAUUCUGAGCACAACAGUCCCUCUGUGCUGCGGCCACCAGGCUCUGCUCGCUACCAGGGCUUUAGUGGGCACCUUCGGUCUGGUCUAGCCAAUGAGGGUUACCCAUCUGGUACAGACUCAAAUGCUAAAGAUUUGAACAGAGAUGGGGGCAAAAGCCAUGGGCGUGGAGGUCUGCCCAAACAUCAGGACCUUUCAUCCUCUUCCAAGUCUGACCCCAAGCUGGCUAGCCCCGGUGGGUCGUACCCCUCUCCGUACAGCCAGGCCCCUGGUGCCCACCUCGGUCUGCCCACGAGUCGAGGGCACCCCUUGCUGGCUUCCGAAAGCAACAGCGGCAGCAGUUCCAUCCCGUCCCGUGGUGGGGAUGGCAUCAGCAGCGCGUCAAGUAGGGAAAAGACUCAAAACAAAGUGAUGUCCAUACAGGAACACGAACUUCGAGCACUCGGUAAGACCACCAUGACAGCGGCCAACUUCAUAAACGCGAUAAUCAUGCAUCAAAUUUCUUGUGAUGCGGCGAUGCCAGAGACUGGUGCGCUCGCGACCAACGGCGCCUGUGAUGCUCACCAUAAGGCACUAGAACAGCUGUACGGGUGUGAGGACAGACUUUCUCCAGGACAGCAGCCGCCUUCUGCCGUCAAAAGCUCUCAGAGAGUGGUCACCCUCGCCCAGCACAUCAGUGAGGUGAUCACUAAAGACUACACACGCCAGUCUCAGCAAGGCCAGAUAGGGGGUCAGUCAUCUCUGCAGCCUGUGUUUGGAUAUCACAACUCCCCUGUGCUGGAUCUCACCCGUCCUCCCAGCGCACCCCAAGCCCAGACACCCACAGACCCCAACGCCCGCUACACCCCAGAAGGCUCUGCUGCUGAGAGGGAGAGAGGGAGAGACAGGUCUCCUCCUCAGAGUAAGGCCUCUCCAGUGAGUCUUGCUGCCGACGGAAUUGAACCCGUUUCACCACCAGGGGCCGUUUCAGAGCCGGAGACACCAGGAGCCGCCUACCCUAAUGAACAAGCCGAGCAGGGUAUGGGAUCUCGUUCUCCGGCCAGUAGCUCUCAACCACCAGCCUUCUUCAGUAAACUGACUGAGAGCAACUCUGCCAUUGUCAAGAGCAAGAAGGAAAUGAUUAAGAAGAUGGUGGUCAGCGCGGAGGCUGAAUUCAACCAGGGCCAACCUGGGACAGAAAUCUUCAACAUGCCUGCCUCUACAAAUGCAGGACCCGUGAGCGUGCGGAGUCAUCCCGCACCAGAGGCCAGUGGUAAUACUAUAGGUCUGGAGGCUAUCAUCAGGAAAGCCCUCAUGGGCAAGUAUGAUGAACAGAUGGACGAUCGCUCACCAUCCAACUCAGUCAACUCGAUGAGUGUGCCAGCUGCUGUCGGGCCGCCAGCUUCAGUGGAUGGGCGUUCUGAAGACCCUUACGGCCUGCCAGUUAAAUCCAAAGGAGGGCGCUCCAACGGUCGCAAGACUAAGUCUCCUGGUCCUGGUCUGUCAGGAGGAGAGAGACCUUCAUCUGUGUCCUCUGUGCACUCUGAGGGAGACUGUAACCGUCACACCCCACUCACCAACAGAGUGUGGGAGGACAGACCCUCAUCUACAGGCCCCACUCCAUUCCCCUGUAACCCCUUGACCAUGCAGAUGCGCCUCCCCAGCGGUAUGAUGUCGGGACCCUCGCCUUCUCCUACGCAGCAGGGCGCGUCAGCACCUCCGCAGGGUCAGAAUCAACCCCGCGCCUGGGAGGAAGAACCCAAACCUCUGCUGUGCUCUCAAUACGAGACCCUGUCCGACAGCGAGUGAACACACACCUCCCACCGCCGUGUACACUAGGACUGAACGUUUGCUGCUUUAUGAACAAAAACUUGUUACUGUAAACAGGGAUGUUCGUGAACACACACGUACUCAUGUCCAUACUGACAUACACUUACGGGAACACACACACACACACACACACACACACAAACACGUCCAUCUGCGCUCAUGAUACCUCUACACACAUAUUCAUACAUAUAAAAAAAACACACAACCUACCCCACUCACGCCAUUAGUGGAAGUGCAUUACAUGGCUGCAGACAUGCGUCGAUGUGUCUGUGUUUGUGAAUGCGCACACAUGUAUUAGCGUGUGCGCCACUCCAGGACUACUUGUAGGAUGAAUCACUUUUUAGGUUUUUUUUAUAUGAAUAUAUAUAUAUAUAUAUAUAUAUAUAUAUAUAUAUAUAUAUAUAUAUAUAUAUAUACUUCUAUUCGUGUCGUCUUGCAGGCCUUAUCAAAGUUGACUCAUGGACUCAUCUGUUUCGUUGACGCGUUUUGGAGCAUUCCUCAUUAGACUGCUCAGGACACACACUCUUAUACUGUAAUACAACUGCAAAUUGUUUGUUUUGUGUAUGUGUGGGGUGUAAUGCAAAGGCUGGAUGAAUCCUCUGCAGAAAUGAGCACCCACACAGAGUACGCCCUCUUGAGUUCUCAUGCACAUCUGCAGUCCUUCAUGACGAUUCGUGUGUUGCCAAGAUGACCCUUUUGUUUUUUACAGAUCUGAUGCUGUUGGGCCAUCUGAGUAUGUGUAUGAUCAAACAAGACCUUCAGAGAGGCAGGUUAGCUGGUUUUGAAGCAGAUUUCAUCUUAUCCUGUAACAUUCUGUCCUUACCUUGCUACUUAGAGAGUUUACAUGGGCGGCCAAAUCAUUGGUUUACAGGGUACACAUAAUGUUCAUUUGUUGACAUCCAACCUUCAUUUUAUACUUUAGUUUUGACACUCUAGUUGACCAAUAAUUCGUUGUCUUUUCCGUCAUCUCUCCGUGAUAGUUGACGGGAGAUGUUUAGUUUAGUUUUUACCUUUUUUAUGUACAUGAACCUUGUUUGCAUGUUAUUUUUGUAACGAGUUAAGCACUUAAUUGGCAAACGGUUCCCGUCGGUGUCCUUCAACAGACACUGACCUGAAUGCAACUUUUUACACAGCAUUUAUUUUUCUUUUUUAAUAGUGUUGUUUUGUUUCGUUUCGUCACCUACCUUGUCAAGCGUUCCACUCUCUAGCGACAAUCACUGGCAGAGAGUUGAGCGAGUGGACGUGUCUUUAGGGGAAGCUGCUUUAUCAGGUUUGAGCGUCCCAGCAAACCUGAUUUUUAUUUUUUUUUGUUUAGUUUUUUCACGUCAUCUAUCUGUUGAAGAGUUAAAGCCAUGCUGUCUGGCCAGUCCUUUGACAUGACACUCACUGAGAGCUGCUUUAGAUUCGCUCUUUGUGCUUGAACGAAGGGUUUGGGAUGUUAUGUUUUUUUUUCUGUGGGCUCAUUGUCCUGCGUAAUAAAGAGGUGAGCAGACGCCACGCCUCGUAUAACCUGUAGUCCUUCACUCUGUACAGUUUUAAAGAUAAUUCUAGUGUUAAGUGCCAUGUAUUUGACCUAUACAUUUCUGAAGUUAAAACUACCAAGUGACUACGCACAAUUGUUUGUUUUUUUUUUUUUUUUUUUCCUCGUUAUGCCAGGGUUGUACAAUUUGUCACGCAGGCACAAUUUAAAACCAUAAAGGAGACCUUCUCCUUUCCAAAACGCCUCGUUUUCGGACCACCUCGGCGGUGGGGUUACUAAUCGUUUUGCAUGCAUAUUAGAUAUAAUGUUUUAAUUCGUAUCGUUUGACUUUUAUUUGUCACAUGGUUUUACUAUGAAAGGUAUCUUUAACAGUUCAAAUUGCAAUACUCAUUGUAAGCUGAAACUUGUGGGUUUUAUCCGGUGGGGGCUUUAGUUGUUGCUUUGGUGGUCGAGGACGUUUUUAGUGCACUACCUAGUGGUUUUGUAAAAUGGGGCUUUACCUUAUUGAACAGUCAGUUCAAUCCCAAAUACACUCUCAUCAAGAUCCCUGAACAGGGUGUGCGAACAGUACGGUAGCCAUACUACUUUUUUUUUUGUUUGGUUUUUUUUUUAACCAUAACAUCUACAGAAAUAUCCUAGAUUUUGAGAUUCAAUCUUUGACAUAUCACUCCAGACAGUAUUGUAUUUAGUGGACAAGUCACUCUAAAGUUCAGUGUUUUCUUGUAUAGCGAGCCCUCUUUCCUCUAUAUUGACUGUUUGUUUGACCUUUUGACUGAGGACAGUAUUGCACUUUCCUUAGAUGAGGAGGUGUACGGCGUUCUCGUUUGUAACUGAUAAACGUUAAUGAAGCUGAGAGAUUAAAACAAAUGAAGAGGAGAGAGAUGGGAAAACAGCUGUAAUUGUCACCCCCUCUUAAAAUUGGAAAGGUUAAGUGGGUAUUUGGGUGGCGUCUGUUUUUGUACAACCAUUUUGUGCAUAUUUCUUUUUUUUUUCUUCUUCUUUUUCUUCUUUUUUUUGUAUUAAGACCCACUGUAUUAUAGCGAGGAGUGUAAAUAGACCUAAAAGGAUGUACAUAUUUAUGUGAUUUGCUGCAAGAUUGAUAUUCACACUGUUGUAUUUCAACAUGGCCACCAGCAAGCUUUGUGGAUAGCAGUGUAAAAAUUAAAAGGAAAAAAGAAAAAAAAAAAACAGACACUGCCUUAAUGUUUAAAUAAAAAGCUUAUUGCCAUUGA